ACACGAUGAAAACAAUACAAAUAAAUUAAAAGGCCAAUUUAUGAAUGGAAACCAAAAGAUAGCGAAAAAUGCAGAUGUAAGGAAAAUCGCAAUUUCAUUUUCGCUACUAAUAGAGGUUAUAUAAAAGCAAUUUUUGCUAAACCACAAAAAGAAAACGAAAACACCAACAGAGAUUUUAAGUGGUACUCAACAAAAAUGAAUGGUAUAAUUGAUCAGCAUAAUGGGCCGGGGCCAUCCAGUCGCAUGGCGGAACCCUUGCAUAUUCAACGCCUGGAGGCUGCUUUGGAUAUGCGGCCAUUUAUGCAGCAUGCCCGCGAUGUUAUGUCCAGACCCUUAACUAGUCCGGAAGAGACUGAAGUGGAUGACUCUCAGGCCGAAGAGUCGUAUGAUGAUGAAAGUGGUGUGGCAACCGGCACGAAAAAGAAGAAAUCCAGAAAAUUGGGCACUAAACAAGAACGACAAUCGGUUAAAGCCCAGCUGUAUAACUUCAGUGAGCUGACAGCUGAUCGGGAAUGGCUAUAUGAUAUCAUUAUGAGCGAUACCGACACAGAAACUGAAAUCAGCGAUGAAGAUGACUAUGUAAAAGAGAUGCUGAAGACACACAUGAAGCAACAAAAGUUGAGAGAGAAUUUCUACAAAAAACCCACAAAUACUCAAUACGCCUACUAUGGAUCUGGUUUGUUGUCCAAUCAUGAUAUGUUCACCGAACAUCAACAGUCCAUUGUGGGUGUGCGUAAACGUAAGAGACGUACCAAGAAAGAGAAACCCUUGAAAUUAGUAGCACUGCCAAAACUUCCUAAAAUUCCGAAAAUAAGAAAACCGCGUAAAAUGAAAUACAAACUGUUGCAAGAUUCAACCCAAACAGAAUUACAAAGUGGCACUGACAAGCCCCAAUAUUCUCGAGCCACCUCCUCCACUGCCCUUAACGAGGACGAUGAAGAUGUUGAUGUCCAAUCGGAUGGUGAAAACUCUUUUGCAUUCGACACACGCGAUAUGAGUGGCAUUUCAAAUUUCCCUCCCUAUUCAGGCAGAGGUAGACGUCGCAGAAGUCAGCAGGGUAUGCCCAGAACUCCAGAGGCUUUGGCGGCUCGCCGUAAACGUGUAUGGCAAUUGAUGGCCAAGAAAGAAUUGGGAAGACACCAACGCGCGAGGAGUAAUAAUCACAAAGAAAUGAUACAAAAUUGCAAACGUGCUGCCACUAUGUGCAUGAAAGUGGUACGCCAGAGAGCUCUACAUUCGCAGAAAGUUAUGAAAGAAACUGUGUGGCGCGCCAAACGUCUCACCAGAGAAAUGCUGACCUAUUGGAAGCGCUAUGAGAGACUGGAGCGAGAUAACAGGCGCAGAUUGGAGAAAGAGGCCGAGGAACAGCGCAAAAUUGAUGUGGAAUUGAUUGAAGUGAAGCGCCAGCAGAGAAAACUCAAUUUCCUUAUAACACAAACCGAGCUAUACGCUCAUUUUAUGUCUCGCAAGUUGGGCCAAGGCACCGAGGAAGAACAGUUGCGCAUUCUCAAUCAAUUGGAUGAGGAAGCUAAUCCACGCCUGGCGGCCUAUGAUGACUAUAAUGCCGAUGAAAUGAAAGAAUUGGCCAAACAGCAUGCGGCACAGGCUUUUGACAAUGAUCGCAAUAAAACUAAGAAAUUUGAUGUUAACAUCAAGAAGGAACCUUCAGGGCAUAGUGAUUACAUAAAAGAGGAAGAUAAGCCAGAAUCUUUGCUCACAGAGAAGACACAAGCCGAUUUGCCACAGCCUUCAAUAUUCCGUGGUUCCUUGAAGGCAUAUCAGAUCAAGGGCAUGACUUGGCUAGCAAAUAUUUACGACCAAGGCAUCAGUGGCAUCUUGGCCGAUGAAAUGGGUCUAGGCAAAACAGUGCAAUCCAUAGCUUUCCUUUGCCACAUAGCCGAGCAUUAUGGUGUCUGGGGUCCAUUUUUAGUCAUUUCACCCGCCUCGACUCUACACAACUGGCAACAGGAAAUGGAACGUUUUGCACCUGACUUCAAUGUAGUACCCUAUUGGGGUUCACCCAAUGAACGCAAGAUUUUACGCCAAUUCUGGGAACAAAAGGAUUUACACAAAAAGGAGGCCAGCUUUCAUGUGGUCAUCACUUCGUAUCAACUCAUAGUAUCCGACUACAAAUACUUCAAUCGCAUCAAAUGGCAAUACAUGGUAUUGGAUGAGGCACAGGCCAUCAAGAGUGCUACCUCAAUGCGUUGGAAGCUUUUGCUAGGCUUUAAUUGCCGCAAUCGCCUGUUGCUUAGUGGCACGCCCAUACAAAAUAGUAUGGCUGAAUUGUGGGCCUUGCUACAUUUCAUUAUGCCCACACUUUUCGAUUCCCAUGACGAGUUCAAUGAAUGGUUUUCCAAGGAUAUUGAAUCUCAUGCUGAGAAUAAGACUGGCAUAGAUGAGAAACAAAUCUCUAGACUGCAUAUGAUUCUAAAGCCUUUCAUGUUGAGACGCAUCAAGAAGGAUGUUGAAAAUGAACUCUCGGAUAAAAUAGAAAUAAUGGUCUAUUGCCCCUUGACCAUACGCCAGAAAUUGUUGUACAUGGCCUUGAAACAGAAAAUACGCAUUGAAGAUCUGUUGAAUUUGACGCGUGGCGGUGGAGGUUCCACUUCGGAUGGUAGCCAUCAUACCGCAUUUACUUCGAAUUUAAUGAAUCUGGUAAUGCAGUUCCGCAAAGUAUGCAAUCAUCCAGAGUUGUUUGAGCGACGAGAUGCCAAAAGUCCUUUUGCCAUGAAAUGUCAAGAAUAUGUGUUGCCACGUUUGGUUUUCGAUGACGGCUUGUUGUAUAGGGCCAUGCCAAGUCAAAGGCAUUUACUUUAUAAUCGGUUUUCUAUUUUCAAAACGGACUACUCACAUCAUUCCCUUUUCAAAGAAACCAAAUCCAAGAGUUCACUGAAGCCUCAAGAGUACUAUUCUCGUUACAUUGACUUGAAUGUUGACAAUAGCAACUGUUUUAGUUUCUCCCGACUAUGUGAUCUGUCGCCCAAAGAUUUGGAAGAUACAACCAUAAAUGGUUUGAUAACAUUCUUUCAACAUUAUCGCCGGAAAGUAUUAUUUCAAAAGCUAUUGGCCUACCGAAGGCAAUGGUGGUCGGACUACUAUAAACCCACGCGAUUUCAACUGCUGGAACCGACAUUGGAAAAUCCUCUACACAAAGAUUUUCUAAUGGAGACGAGUGUAAUAAGGCAGUUAUUGUUUACGGGAUUGACCUCCACAGAGAGUUCCUUUUAUGCUUUCGGUGACUUUAAGACUUGCAAUAUGCAGGAAACCAUCGAACAUCGUGUGACGCGCAGUAAAUAUAAACAAAAUAUCGAAGAGGCUGAAAUUAAAAAUGAAAUGCUUGAUGAGGCUGAGUCCGAGUUGAUAAUGACCACAGCUGGUGGUACUGCCGCAAACAGCAAAAAACUGUCGAAAGAACCUUUACGCUUGCUGCCCGAGUUCGAACAUAAACAUCGUUUGCCACAAUACUAUCAAUGUGAGGCCUUGGAAAUGCCACGUUUCAUAUAUGGACUGAAUCAAAAAAUCAAUACCUACAACAGACAGUUGUAUUGUGAAAGUCGAGCGGCAGCUUGGUCACAAAUACGCCACUUGCAUUGUGAAAACCCUGAAGGUUUAGAGCUGGUCAACUCCAGUGUAAAAUUAUCUACGCCCCGUUAUGGAUGGUCUUCAAUUCUUAUUCCCGACAAAGAGACUCUGAUAUCCGAUGCUGGCAAGCUGGCGGUAUUGGACAGCCUAUUGACUCGCCUCAAGAAAGAAGGACAUCGUGUCUUGAUUUAUUCUCAAAUGACAAAAAUGAUUGAUUUGCUGGAGGAAUAUAUGUGGCAUCGCAAACAUCGUUAUAUGCGUUUAGAUGGUUCCAGUAAAAUAUCUGCGCGUCGUGAUAUGGUGGCCGAUUUUCAAUCGCGGCAAGACAUUUUUGUCUUCCUUCUCUCAACAAGAGCAGGAGGUUUGGGUAUAAAUUUAACUGCGGCCGAUACGGUUAUUUUCUAUGAUUCCGACUGGAAUCCCACUGUCGAUCAACAAGCUAUGGAUCGGGCUCAUCGUUUGGGUCAAACCAAACAGGUUACUGUAUAUCGUUUGAUUUGCAAAGGAACCAUAGAAGAACGGAUACUUCAAAGAGCCAGAGAGAAAAGUGAGAUUCAACGCAUGGUUAUCAGUGGAGGUAAUUUCAAACCCGACACAUUGAAACCCAAGGAAGUGGUGUCACUACUUUUAGAUGAUGAGGAGAUUGAGGCAAAAUAUCGUCAGAAAAUCGAAGGACAGCAAGAAACAGCAUCCACCAGUGGUAACAGUAGCGCUCAAAAAGAUUCAUCUGCCCCCGCGGACAAAAGAAGGCGGCAGGCAACAAAGACAUCUUCAGGAGCUGCUGCUACAAUUGCAACCAGCGGUGGAAUAACCAUUCCAGCCACUCCCAGUUCGGCAACAGGCACUUCAUCCAGCACUAACGCUGGCGAUGAUUUAUGGCAUACUUCACCUUCAGCGAAACGUAUGAAACUGGAUGUGUCGGCAGCAACGUCUGCUCUGGACGAUGAUUCCAUAGAUGUGGCUGCCUCUGAGACGUCCAGUACCUCACAGGUGGCUGGCACCAGUGCCAGUGAGACUUAUGUACCAGGAGCCACUUCGGUAGUGGCCACUGAGGAUUCCGAAAAUGAGGCAUUAAUUGUGGACUGUGAAAGCCCCCGACCUCAGGGAGGUGAAUCGCCGACUCUUUUUGAUGAUUUCGGAGGCCUUGGUCCCAUUAGAAGACGUCAUCAUCCUCGUGGCACAAAACGUGGCAGACCACGAGGAAGCACGCGCCGUGGAGGUGGAAAUGGUUCAACACUGACUAGACCCGCAUCGUCGCCAGGACAAAACUCCACCACAGCCCAUGAGGGCGAUACUCCAUUGGACCAACAACAGCUGACCAAUACAGGCGAUGGUUUGUUUACACCCACUGCUGUACCAACCCCGGUCAAACGUGGCCCCGGUCGUCCACGCAUAAAAACAGGCGGUCCUGUUAAUCAAGGCGCUCGAGGAGCUCCACGUACCCGUAAACCCAUUGGCCCAUUAGUGGUACCUUUGGGGAGUAGCCCUGCUGCUACACCCAUCAAUCGCAGCCCGGCCAUGAGUCCAGCACCUUCGCCAGCCAUGAGCAUGACUUCAUCGUCUGGUCAACCUGGUGUGGAGAAUGCAGAUUAACUUGGCGUUAAGUUAAACCCUUGAAGUAAUGACAUUAAGAUCAUAAUUAGUUGUAAGAAGCAAUUUAACUUAAGU